AAGAAUUUGUACGGUAGUCAGCCACUGAUCGGGGAAGAUGAAACCUUUCAGUCUAGUUCUGGUUCUCUAACUAAAUCUUUUUUCUUUGUAAUAAUCUUGGGGAGGAAUCGAUCAAACGGCUGUAUAAUGUGUUUGCUGGGCGCUGUUACACAGUCUCUACCCACAGCUGUUGUGCGUCCACAUGCAACUGUAUAUGCCUCCGCAAAUGCAAGAAAAAAUGGGUGGUUGAGAGCUAAAAUCAAUGGCGAAGCUGACCCAUUGCUCCUAGCUGCCACAAAUGCAGCUUCUUUGCGUUUUCAGGAGACUCAUCGACCAGAGCCACUUUUUCUUGAUCCAUAUGCGGGUUGUUUGAUUGAUCCGACUGUGCAGAUGGAUUUGAAGAAGUAUUCGCAUCAUUAUUGCCUUGCAACAAAGUUCAUUGACGAUAAGUUACUGCAAACUGUGAGCCAUAUUGAUGGACUUAAGCAGGUUGUUAUUUUAACAGACGGAAUGGACACUCGCCCAUAUAGGCUUAACUGGCCAAUUUCUUCUAUCAUAUUUGACAUAUCUCCAGAAAGGAUAUUCAAGAAAUCAUCUGAGAUGCUUAAAGGUGUUGGGGCAAGGAUUCCAAGAAGUUGCAUGCUUCUUCAUAUUCCACUGGAGUCCUCCAACAUACAACAAAGUCUGUGCAGUAAAGGUUUUAAUGGUAACCAGCCAAGCAUAUGGGCCAUGCAGGGACUGUCGAUAAUGACUUUGGCAAGUUUUGAAGAAAUUUUGCUCACCGUCGGUAGUUUGGCUAUAAAUGGAUCUCUGUUUGUGGGAGAACUGCCUGCUUGGUUGGCAGAAACUGAACUUGGGAGCAAGGCAAGUACGGAGAAAUGGAUGGAAAAAAUUUUCAUGAACAAUGGUUUUCGAGUUGACACAAUUCAUUAUAAUGAAGUUGCAAGGAAUUUGGGCAAGGAAUUAGCUCCCAAAGAGUCUAAGAAUAUACUUUUUGUUGCAGAACAAUUGCGAUUCUCGGAUGAUCAGAUGGAAAUUUGGAGGAGAGAACUUCACAGGAUAGAGGAGGAAGGGGAUGAAGAAGGGUUUGAGGAGCUCUAAUUGUGAAACGCUAAACAUGGAGAAUUGGUCCUUUUCAAUUUAUACUUUGACCUGCUCUAAUUUCUUUCAAUUCAAGCCAUUUAUGAAAGCAACAAUUUUUCAUUUUUUUCUUUUGGGAGAUAGAAGCAAAUGUAGCAGAGACGGUUCUCUCUUAUUUGAUAUUUUUUAGUUGAUAUUUUCAAUUUAGAUCAUUUUAUUUGGUUUGGCUUA